AUGUCUUCUCAUACUACCGAAAUAGUCGAGGAAUUGGCAAAGGAUUAUGCAAAUUAUGCAAAAUUGGAUUUGUCCAAUCAAAUGAAAAGUUUUCAUGACACCAUCGAAGAUGUAAUGAUGCGCUUAGAAGAAUUUCAAUCAAUCAUUGAAAUGGUUCAAACCGAAAGAGUCCAAUGCAUCGAUCAACACAUUCCAAGAUUGCAAAAUUUGCAACAAGAAGUUUUAAAACUUUGUAGACGAAUAGAUGCUCUUGAACAUGUUAUAGCAAUGGCAAAUGUAAAUUUAACUACUUUAGAAGCUGCUGUUGAUAAUGCAGAAGCUGAAUUAGGAAUUUCUGACAGAUUAUUUGGAAUGUUAAAUCCUUUGUCCUUUUUUAAAAAAAGCCAAGAAGCCCUAUUACCAAAUAAAUUACCAUUAUACGAACAACCUACAAUUUAUAGAACAAGGGAUUAUUUCAAUAGUGAAUAG